AGGUACGGGGAGGUCGUCAACAUCAACCUGGUGCGGGACAAGAAGACCGGCAAGUCCAAAGGCUUUUGCUUCCUGUGCUACGAGGACCAGAGGAGCACCGUUCUCGCCGUUGACAACUUCAACGGGAUCAAGAUCAAAGCAAGGACGAUUCGCGUGGACCACGUGGCCAACUAUCGGCCCCCCAAAGACUCCGAUGACUUGGAUGACGUCACAAAAGCCCUGCACGCAAAGGGUUGCGGAGUUAAAACGCCCCCUCACACGUCAUCCGAUUCCCUGUCGGAAGAUGAUGAUGUGCCCUUAAAAAAGCAAAAAGAUCCAGAGAGAAGCAGAGCAGAGCGGCACAAGCAGAGCUCGCGGGCUGCCAAGCGGGCGGUGUUGGCAGAGGAGGCGCACCCCCGGAUCAAGAUUAAGAAGGAGAAGGAGGACCCUGCCUACGAGCGCUGUGCCAGUGGGAGCCAGCAGCCCUGGAAGGGCUCCGAGAGGAAGCCUGGGAGCAGGACGCCACGAGAAGAGGAUGAGCGGAGGCACCAGAGGCCUUCGGAGAGAAGAGGGGAGAAGAGCUGCCAGGACCAGAGGGGCCAAAGCAGUCUGUGGGACGAGAGGGAGAAGAGAGAGGAGGCUGGCAGGAAGGGCGACGGGCCUUCCACCUGGCUCCUGCUGCCCGUGCCGCGCGCCCGGGCGGGUUUUGAUGCCUCCUUCAGCCCUUCUUGCCACGUCGGACUCGCGGGCGCGCCAGACCCCGUGCCGCGGGCACCACAGCUGGACUGUUCGCCUCCACCAGCUUCCACCUGGCUCCUGCUGCCCGUGCCGCGCGCCCGGGCGGGUUUUGAUGCCUCCUUCAGCCCUUCUUGCCAC